CGUAGGCCUUUUCCUUUUUGCUUUGGUGGUGAAGGUGCAACAGUAAUCGGUCGUCCCGAAUCCGGGUUCAUCCGACACCCUCACCAAUUUAAAUUAUACUGAGCUCAACUUCAGCUGAUACAUCAUGCCUCCUAAAUUCGACCCCACCGAGAUUAAAGUUGUGUACAUGAGAUGCACAGGUGGAGAGGUUGGUGCCACUUCCUCGCUGGCCCCCAAAAUCGGACCUUUGGGUCUUUCCCCCAAAAAGGUGGGUGAUGACAUCGCAAAGGCUACCGGUGAUUGGAAGGGCCUGCGUAUCACUGUGAAACUGACCAUCCAGAACAGGCAAGCAGCGAUUGAAGUAGUGCCAUCAGCCUCUGCCCUUAUCAUUAAGGCUCUGAAGGAACCUCCUCGUGACAGGAAGAAGGUCAAGAACAUCAAGCACGCUGGAAGCGUUACUUUCGAUGAGAUCGUCGCCGUUGCCCGUGUCAUGAGGCCACGAUCUAUUGCCAGGGAGCUCUCUGGUACUAUUAAGGAGAUUCUUGGCACAGCUCAGUCUGUGGGCUGCACCAUUGAUGGUCGCCCUCCCCAUGAUGUCAUUGAUGACAUCAACAGUGGCAAAGUGGAGUGCCCAACUGAAUAAAUGCAGUGAAGACAAUAAAAAAUGUUGAAAAGUUCAA